AUGGGGCAAAGCACAGAUUUGAGGGUUCCCAUGGAUCAAAUCCAAAACCAAGAACAAGAUAAGGUGAAUCUUCAUAAACAAGGCAUUGAUGAUGCUAUACUAAUGGCUACUCCCAAGGGAGAGAACAUUAGGCGACCUAGAGGAAGACCAGCAGGUUCCAAAAACAAACCCAAACCACCCAUUAUUGUCACUCGUGAUAGUGCAAAUGCAUUACGAGCUCAUGCAAUGGAAGUAACUUCAGGUUGUGAUGUGCAUGAGAGUUUAGCUAGUUUUGCAAGGAGAAAACAACGUGGGAUUUGUGUUCUUAGUGGGAGUGGGUUUGUAACCAAUGUUACACUCAAACAACCAGCUUCAUCUGGUGCAAUUGUGACUUUACAUGGUCGGUAUGAGAUUCUGUCAUUGCUUGGUUCUAUCCUUCCACCACCUGCACCACCUGGGAUUACGGGGCUAACCAUUUACCUUGCUGGGGCUCAAGGACAAGUCGUAGGUGGUGGUGUUGUUGGUGCACUUAUUGCUUCUGGUCCUGUUCUUAUCAUGGCUGCAUCUUUCAUGAAUGCUACUUUUGAUCGUUUACCAUUGGAUGAUGCUGAUGAAGUUGCAACAACAGCAGCAGCAGCUAUGCAGAACCAAUAUCAUCACCAAAAUGGUCGGCACCAUCACUUGGACAUGGCCGAUUUGUAUGGGAUGAUGCCACAGAACUUGAUCACUAAUGGGACCAACCCUCCUGAGAUAUAUUCUUGGGCACCAGGACGAACCAUGUCUAAAACCUAA